UGUUCGUUCAUCAAUGGAAUAAAGAGAAAGAAAACCUGAAAUCCCUAACGAGCAAAGCUAAGUAAAUAACAAAUAUAUAAAAAAUGCUUACCAGACACUUACUAAAGCAAGCUUCAACCUGCCGUCAUUUCCUCUUGAAUUCUAAAACUUCUUCUCCUUUGUUAACUAAAUCACUUCUUUUCUCUUCGUCUUCUUCUUCUUCUCCAGAAUCACAAAGCCCCACCACUACUUUCGUCGACGACAAGGUUACCGAUCAAUAUCCCAAUAGCACGUCCAUCUCCAUUGACCGUUCCGACCUAUAUAAUCCACCUGAUCAUUCUCAUGAACCCACAUCGGAGUCUGAGCUUGUCAAGCACCUUAAAGGCAUUAUCAAGUUCCGAGGUGGGCCAAUCUCAGUGGCAGAGUAUAUGGAAGAAGUUUUGACGAAUCCCAAGUUUGGAUUCUACAUUAGUCGAGAUGUGUUUGGAACAGAAGGUGAUUUCAUUACAUCUCCUGAAGUAAGCCAGAUGUUUGGUGAGAUGGUUGGUGUAUGGGCCAUGUGCCUUUGGGAGCAAAUGGGACGGCCAAAACAAGUGAACCUAGUUGAGCUGGGUCCAGGACGAGGAACUCUGAUGGCUGAUCUUCUGCGUGGUGUAUCCAAGUUUAAGAGCUUCACAGAAUCGUUGCAUGUACACUUGGUAGAAUGUAGUCCUAUGUUACAGAAGCUUCAGCAUCACAACUUAAAAUGUUUAGAUGAAGACGAUAACGGUGAUGGUGUUGAAAAAAGGACCAUCAGCACGUUGGCAGGGACACUUGUGUCAUGGCAUGCUAUGCUAGAGCAGGUUCCAUCAGGAUUGCCAUCAAUUAUCAUUGCCCAUGAGUUUUACGAUGCUCUACCUGUGCAUCAGUUUCAGAGAGCUUCUCGUGGCUGGUGUGAAAAAAUGGUUGAUGUUUCGGAAGAUUCAAUGUUCCGUUUUGUUCUAUCCCCACAGCCAACACCAGCAACUCUAUAUUUAAUGAAGCGCUGCAAGUGGGCUGCACCUGAAGAAAUAGAGAAGCUUAGUCAUAUUGAGGUUUGCCCCAAAGCAAUGGAUUUAACACAUGCUAUUGCUGACAGAAUAAGUUGUGAUGGAGGAGGGGCCCUGAUUAUUGACUAUGGCCUAAAUGGAGUAGUCUCAGAUAGUCUGCAGGCAAUUAGGAAACACAAGUUCAUCAACAUACUCGAUAAUCCUGGGUCAGCUGAUCUCAGUGCAUAUGUCGAUUUUGCUUCCAUCAGGCACUCUGCUGAGGAAGUGUCAGCGGAUAUCUCUGUCCAUGGACCAAUUACUCAGUCCCAAUUUCUUGGUGCUCUCGGCAUAAACUUCCGAGUGGAAUCAUUGCUGCAGAACUGCACAGAUGAACAAGCUGAUUCCCUGAGGACAGGAUACUGGCGUCUGGUAGGUGAAGGUGAAGCCCCAUUUUGGGAGGGACCUGAUGAACAGGUGCCCAUUGGAAUGGGUACUCGGUAUCUGGCAAUGGCCAUCGUGGACACGAAGCAAGGUGUUCCAGUUCCAUUUCAAUGAAGUUUGAACUACAGCAUGAUUUUUAACGUUUUGUAUUCUGCAUUUGUAAAUGUGUAACAAAUGCAACUUUAAAUACACCUGUGUGUUUUGAAAAA